AUGAUCCACCAGAGGUUGCACAAAAGCCAUAACCUUCGUGGACGCGGGACCUCUUGUUGGCGGGCAACUUGUGAAGGCGCCGCGUAUGCCAUCAAAGACUAUUGGACGGACAAGAGUCGUGCGUCCACGGAGGCCAAGUUGCUCUCGAAGGCCAAAGGAGUGGAAGGGGUACCAACCUUGGUAGCUCACGAUAUCAUCACCUUCAACGGGAAACAGGACACGACAGGCCUAGUCCGCAAAGUACUUGACAAUCCUCUGUACAGAGAGCAGUGGGAGAUUUUUGAUAUCCGCGUUCAUCGCCGUCUUGUCUUAAUGCCAUUUGCUAUGCCUAUCUACUACUUCAAAACGAAGAAGGAGUUAAUCGGGGCUUUCAUAGAUACUAUCCAAGCGCACAAGGACUUGUUGGAGAAGGCCAAAAUCCUUCAUCGAGAUAUCAGUAUUAGUAAUCUCAUGCUUGUGGCGCAGAUGGAAACUGGCCGUAAACACAGACGGGGUCUUCUUAUCGACCUAGACUAUGCGACGGAAUAUCCUGAACCGGAACACAGGCAGACGGCUCAAGGUGCCAGAACGGGCACGACCCCGUUUAUGGCCCUUGAACUACUGAAAAGUGGUGCAAAGGUUGCCCACAAGCCCGAAUGGGACUUAGAAUCAUUCCUCUACGUGCUCAUAUGGAUUUGUGUCCUCUAC